AUGUCGACUACACGGGUUCGAAUCCCACUUGGCAUUUAUUUGUUGUUGGUGUUGCUGCCCCUGCAGCUUCACUUGUGUUUGUGUCGCGUCUUUGAGCGUUGUGAAUUAGCUGGAGUCCUGCAGCAUCAAUAUGGACUGCCAGCAGCACAGGUGGCAACUCUGGUGUGCAUUGCCCAACACUCGAGUGAUCUGAAUACAGCUGCCUUUGGGGGCGGAACUGGACCAGCAGGUGGUUCCCAUGGCAUCUUCCAGAUAAGCGACGUCUAUUGGUGUUCACCACCAGGACAUGGAGCGGGUUGUGGUGUGAGUUGUGCUAGUCUGCGGGAUAAUGACAUUGCCGAUGAUGUGCUGUGUGUGCGAAAGAUCUACGCGGAACACCAACGCCUCUCCGGAGAUGGAUUCACAGCCUGGCAGGCGUACAACACGUAUUGUCGCCAGGAUGCAGCCUCCUAUGUGGCAGGUUGUCAGCCAGGAUUAUCCCGUGGCCACAACAACCUCGCCCUGCAGGUCUCUGCCUCCUAUCUGCAACCCCAACAAGUCCAAGUCGGUUAUCAACAGGGAAUACGUCAGCAACCUCAGCAGGUGCUUCAACAUCAGCAGGUGGCGCUACGUCCUGCCCCGGGCAAGAUCUACAGUCGCUGUGAGUUGGCCCAGGAGCUGUAUUAUCAGCACAAGCUGCCCAUGCAGGAGAUUCCCACCUGGGUGUGCAUUGCCCAGCAUGAGUCCUCCUACAACACGGCUGCAGUGGGUCGCCUCAAUGCCGAUGGCAGUGCUGAUCAUGGACUAUUUCAGAUCAGUGAUCUCUUCUGGUGCACACACGAUCAGAGGGGCAAAGGUUGUCAGGCAUCCUGCAGUCAAUUCCUGGAUUCGAGCAUUGCCGAUGAUGUGCAGUGCAUACGUAAGAUUCAUAGGGAGCACACACAAAUCUCUGGAGAUGGUUUCACCGCCUGGACGGUCUACAAUCGCGAUUGUCGCAAUCAACGUUAUGAACAGAUUGCCGCCUGUUUCACAAAGCCACAAUAUUCCUCCACAUCGACUGCAAAUCAUCCUAAUGCGAUCCCUGGGGAUGUUAAAGUCAGUUAUGCCUAUCAAACAACUCCUAAUCCAUUUUAUAGAACCAGCAACAAGUUGAUAAGCUAUCAAUCAACAACCAGUUAUCGGGGAAAUCCCUUUUUGAGAGUACCUCAAGUUCCGGCUCAUCCCAAUGCCAUUGGGUACUCCCAAAAGACAUAUCAAGUAACGCCAGCGAAUCCUUUGUUUAGCUAUAAACAAUACACAACACCUAAACAACAACAACAACAACACUAUCAACAACAACACUAUCAACACCAACAACAACAACAACAGCAACACUACAACACUACACAUAAGCGAGCUGGUAAAGUUUAUAAUCGUUGUGAAUUGGCUCAAGAGUUGUAUUUCUCACACAAGUUUCCCAUGCAGGAUUUAGCCACUUGGUUGUGCAUCGCGGAGCAUGAAUCCUCAUACAACACGGCUGCUGUGGGUCGCCUUAAUCCAGAUGGAAGUGCGGAUCAUGGAUUAUUUCAGAUUAGCGAUCUCUACUGGUGCACACAUGAUCAACUGACAGGAGGCAAAGGUUGUCAGGCAUCUUGCGAUCAAUUUCUGGACUCGGAUCUAACUGAUGAUGUGAAAUGCAUAAGGACUAUACACGAGGAACAUACACGUCUGUCAGGAGAUGGUUUCAAUGCCUGGACAGUUUAUAAUGGACACUGCAGAGAUCGCAGCAGUUUGGAGAUUGAAAGUUGCUUUGAUUCAAAGGUGGUACCGAGUGUACCGCAGUUGGAACCGACUCAAAUCACGUUAAGCAAACCCAAGGGUAAGAUCUACAGGCGUUGUGAGUUGGCCCAAGAGCUCUUCCAAAAGCACAAGUUGCCCAUGAGCGAGAUUCCCACCUGGGUGUGCAUUGCCGAGCAUGAAUCCUCCUACAAUACGGCUGCUGUGGGCCGGCUUAAUGCCGAUGGCAGUGAGGAUCAUGGGUUAUUUCAGAUCAGUGAUCUCUACUGGUGCAGUCACAAUGCGGAGGGAGCUGGAAAGGCUUGUCACAUCGAUUGCAGCAAUCUCCUGGACUCUGACAUUUCAGAUGAUGUAAAAUGCAUUAAGGCUAUUCACGAGGAGCACACACGUUUAUCGGGAGAUGGAUUCACCGCCUGGACAGUGUAUAAUGCACACUGCAGAGACCAAAGUCUGACCCAAUUGAGCGAUUGCUUUGAGGGCAAUGAAAUUGCCGAGGCUGAGAAAAGCACUCACUAUAAAGAAGAAACUCAAAAACAGCACAACUGCACAACAUUCGACUACGAAACAGACAACAAAGAGUCCAACUUCUCGCCAUACUACGCAAAAAACAACAAGUCGCCCAACAACAACGAAACCAACAACUCGGUUUACCACUGCAAUACCAGUUACGCGCCAGACAACAACGAGACUCAAUACUCACCCUACAACAACAACGAGACCAACAACUCGCCAAACUAUAACAUCAAUCAAUCAUCAAACAACCACAACGAGACCCACAACUCGCCAUACAACAACGAGAACAACAAAUAG